CCACCACAGUAACAGCCCACCCGCCCAUCUAAGUCCAUAACAAACAAGUGGGAAAGAUAAGAAAUCGGGAGCAAGCGGUUUUUGCCGUUCGACUUUCAACGUAACACAGUUUUUUCCCCCCGAUUUUGCCACGAAAACAUUUCGGGUUUGCACUUUCGACAGUUUUUUUCGUUUUUUUUUUUUUUUUUAAAUAAACAACUCCGUCGGAAAUUUGACCUCGCAUGGGAUAUGGCGAUAGAAAUGCCAUCAACAUCGACAAGCCGCUCUGAAAUUUCGCGCCUGGGUAGCGUAGAGGCCCUGAGACUAAAAGUUGGCCCGGUGCGCCGCAAUCUCUUCGGCCCCGUGGACCACCGGCAGCUCCGCGAGGACUUCCAACGGCUCCUGAGCAUGAGCGUCGACGCGGCCAACAAGCGGUGGAACUACGACUUCCGCCGGGACGUGCCGGGAACUGGUGGCGACGUCCAAUGGGAGGAAGUCCCGAGAGAAGACGUGCCGGUGUUCUAUCACGGCAAGCCCGCCAGACGGAAUUCCGCCUCUUCGGGACAGGGGUCCCCAAUGUCCGACAGUUCUUCCGGAUCCGAGGCCGAGUACCUUGAAGUCACCACCAGGGGGUACUACCGGCUGCAACGGCCUGAAAAACGCAGACAAGCUUCCAUCACGGAUUUCUUCAAGGUGAAGAGACGGAGGCUUCUACAUUACAAGUCCUCAUCCCGGCAGUAGGAAGAUUCGGGAUUUUGGAGAUUUAUAUAUAUAUAUAUAUAUACUCAAUAUACUGUUUUCUUCGUUCUUUCGCUAUACUGUGAAAUUAUAUAAGUGCACUCUUACAAACAACAGGCCGUGGAUAGUAUUUAAUUCGACGAAUCGAAGUAUAAAAAACUUAAUCCUGACACGAAAAUAGAUUUUGAGUCACUUCCUAUUCAUUUGGGGACAUUCCUGAGUCAACUCCUUUUUCAGUAACCCAAAAUCAACAGGAAGUGACCCGUAAAUGCCCCAAAAAUCAGCAGAAAGUGAACCGUAAAUGCCCCAAAAUUAACAGGAAAUGCUGAUUUUGAAUCUAUUCCUCUUCAUAGUGACUCACUUCCUCUCCAGUAACCCAAAAUCAACAGGAAGUGACCCACAAAUGCCCCAAAAAUACACAGGAAGUGACCCGUAAAUGCCCCAAAAUUCAACAGGAAGUGACUUCCUAAGUCACUUCCUUUUCAGUAACCCAAAAUCAACAGGAAGUGAUCUGUAAAUGCCCGAAAAAUCAACAGGAAGUGACCCGUGUAUGCUCCAAAUAUCAACAGGAAGUGACUGAAAAAAAUGCUGAUUUGGAAUAAAUUCCUAUUCAUUAUGAGUCAUUUCCCAUUCAUUUUGGGACAUUCCCGAGUCAUUUUCUGUUCAGUUACCCAAAAUCAGGAAGUGACCUGUAAAUGCCCCAAAAUCAACAGGAAGUGACCCGUAAAUGUCCCAAAACUGAAAGGAAGUGACCAAAAUAAAAAUCAAGAAAUACUGAUUUUGAGUCACUUCCUAUUCAUUUAGUGGACAUUCCCGAGUCACUUCCUGUUCGGUUACCCAAAAUCAACAGGAAGUGACCUGUAUAUGCCCCAUAAUCAACAGGAAGUGACCCAGAAAUGCCCCAAAAGUUGAAGGAAGUGACCAAAAAACAACAAGAAAUGUUGAUUUUGAGUCACUUCCUAUUCAUUUUAGGACAUUCCUGAGUCACUUCCUGUUCGGUUACCCCAAAUCAACAGGAAGUGACCUGUAAAUGUUACCAAAUCAACAGGAAGUGACCCAUAAAUGUCCUCUAAAAGUUGAAGGAAGUGAUCCAAAACCAACAAAUGUUGAUUUUGAGUGACUUCCUAUUCAUUUUGAGACAUUCCUGAGUCCUGUUCAGUAACCCAAAAUCAACAGGAGGUGACCCGUAAAUGCCCCAAAAAUCAACAGGAAGUGACCUGUAUACACCCCAAAAAUCAAUAGGAAAUGACCGAAAACCACCACGAAAUGUCGUUUUUGAAUUACAUACAUUCUGGGGACAUUCUUGAGUCCCUUCUCAGUGACCCAAACUCAACAGGAAGUGACCCGAAAUCAAUAGGAAGUGACUUGUAGCUUGACCAAUAUGUGUCGAGAUUUGCAUACGUCGCCCUCUAGUGGUUGGCUGCCAUUACUGGGGUGUUUACACACCUACAGCAUCCCAGCGUCAGUCAAUGUACACAGUAACGUUAGCUGUGUGCUAAUCUCAUUCCAAUAAUUCCCACCCCCAAUUCCAAAUCAGUAAAUUUCUGAUAUGACUAUUUCUUGUUCACGAUCGCCAAACCGUGUCGAACGAGGUAAAAUAAGACGUUUGCGAAAGCGCGUACCCCCAUGUCAGAAAACGUAGUAAACAUCACCACGCUAUACUUUCUAGCUAGCUAGCUUUGUAUUAUUCACAUUAAGGGGUAUUUAACAUCUUUUGUAUUACGGCAGCAGUCCAAACGUAUCUUAUUUCAAGCUUUUUUUCUUAUAAAUAAUGUAGCAUAACCCAAUUUUAUACUCCGUUUAGUACUUUAACUAUGAUUCAGAUUUAGGGUUUAGAUAGCCCGGAUUUGGACAACUGCUUUUCUACCUCAUUCAGUAAAAAUACACACACAAAAAUAAUCACGUAGCUCAGGUUGUUAGCAUCUGUCGAGUCCGUAAAGAGAGAUUAAGUUUGUUUUGUUGUUGUUUUUCGCGGGAAGAAAUCAGCAAGGGGCUUAGAAGGGGAGUCCCCACAUUGCCUUUUCCUGACAAAAUGCUUUUAAAUCAUUGUUUUUAAGCCCUUAAUCUCUCUUUACUGGAUGAUUGUCAUUGUUUUAAAAGGGUAUAUUUGAAAAAACACAGCUAUUGUUUUAGUCAUAUCGACUUUUAUAAGUGUGUGUGUUUUAAAAGACAAAAAAAAAAAAACAUAACUUAUUUGGAGUUUAUAUUGUGUGUUUGUUGUGAAUUCAUGAAAAUCCCUUCUACUAUCUUUGCACUACUUUAACAUUCUUGACAAAAGACAUCUAUUUUUGUAUGGUAAUGUUAAAAAGGAGGAAAAAUAAAGGACGUUUUGACUGCUAAGCUUCAUCUAAUUCAUCUGUCGCAGCUAUAUCAGUCUUUAUUUUGUUGGAAUUGUUAUUCUGCAUGAAUUGUAUAUUGUGAUAAUGUUAUAUUGGUGUGUGAUUGUACUAUAACUGUAUAAAUAUGUGUGUAAAGAGAUUCUUACAAUUAAUGCAAAUUAAUAAAAAACUAUUGGUUAACAA